AUGGAAAACCCACCCAUUACCGCGGGUGAUUCACCCCCUCCUUCUCCUCCAUCGCAACCGCAACCGCAAGAAAGCAUCCUCAACCGCAAAAUCCUUCCCCGCGGUCUACCUCACAGCUUCUCAUCCAACCUCAACCGCGACGUCAUCACCCCUUCCAAGAAACCGAAAGCGAACAAUAACCGCUCCGUCCGAUCCAUCAUCGCGUCAUUCGAGAGCGCGGCGAGCAAACAACCGCCACCCUAUUCCCCAGUGUUCGAGUCGAUUACCCCGCGAUGCAGCACCAUCAGAAGCAGCGCAUCGACGGGCGCAAGUCUGACGAGUUUUCGGCGGGUGAAAGGUAACCAGGGCCGAGAUAGAGGGGUUAGUGAGUGUCAUGAUGCGAGGAGGAGUCAAUAUCGUGAAAAUGAUAGAGAGGCUUGGGAGGCGGGUGACGCAGGAGCUGGGGUAGAGGGCACGAGGAGUGUGUCGACGCCUGUCAUCCCAAGGAUGAGCUCGAUCAUGCCGUUCGCAAUGGAUGAAGAGGAUUCAUUGACGCUGUUGAAUUACAAAUCGUAUUUCAACCAGCCUUUGGCCAGGUGUCUUGAUGGAUUUGUCGAUUUCAACGAAGGCGAGGAGGAAGUCGACCAGCAAAACGAAAAGCACGAGGACAAGAAGUUGAGAGACAAACCCGACGACUUCGACAAGGAAAACAAACCCCUCCGUAUCACGAAGCGACAGGACAGAGUCAAGACGGCCCAAACCGAGACCCAUAUUACCACAAGUGCCCCGCGACUCGUACAACGACAAUCAAGAAGACCAAGUCUCAUGCACAGAAAGUCCUCGGCCUCAGUCGUGGCCUUGGAAAAGCUCAUGCACGAGCUCGAGAACUUCUCAAUCAACCCACCGUUGGAGGAGGAAGAGAGUGAAAUCAUCGCCAUGGAGGAAGACAAACCAAUUAUUCGCCGCGACCCAACAGAUGUCCAGGAUUUUUGGUGGACGGUCCGUCGCAACUUGUGGGUUGACGAAGAUGAGGUGUACAACCCGGAUGACCACCGCGAGACUAAAAUUUCAACACUCAGCAGCGACAUCCCGAAGAUUCAACUCCCUCUGCCUGGAACAACCGAUGUCUCGACAAGGGCAUCGUGUGCCUUCGCCAAGCAGAUUCCGCUACCUGCGCCUCCCAUUCCUUUUCGAUCACCGAACAGAUUAUCCAGUGUUGGCCGGGGGAGUCCAUCUCCCAUGGGUACACCGACUCGUCUGCCGAAUAGGUCGAUAUCCUCCAAGUCUAAUUCUCCACUGAAGCACUCGGUCCUGACGGCAGGUCACCCUCCGCCCUCGCCAUCUGCUUCUGUUAGGCCCGAGCCUCCGACACCCCUAUCGCCGCCCAGGGUUUUUCGACAGAGUCCAAGCCCUCCCCCUAGAAGCUCCAAGCGGCCAGUUUCUCCUCCCUUGUCGACGGCGGGUAAAGACGAGUACCUGGAUGGCAAUACCCCAAAGGCUUCUCCAUCCAAGAAGUCAACCCUUUCCUUGAUGAAUCAGGAACACCCCGGGUCUCGUGGUCCGAGUUCAUCAUCUCUUGAUGUGAAUGCGAGCACAUCGCAGGCGGACUGGGACUCGGCUUUGGGGUAUGAAGACGAAGAAGUUCAUGAACAGAAAGCAGAGGAUACCCAUCAGCGUCGGACUCAACCCGAUGGUCCUUCGUUGGAUGAGAUUGACGGGUUGUUCAGCCGAGUUCCCGCGGAUUCUGCCGCUUCUUCCCCAGCCACAGCUGUUGCCGUUGAUGGCAGUCAGGAGAAUACGCCCAGAGCCGAGUCUGCUUUUGACCAGAUCAAGAAAAAGAUAGAGAGCAGGGAAGAGAAGAAGCGGUCCGUCCACAGCCGUCACUCGUCACUUGUACGACUGAGUGACACCUCGGAGAGUAAAAGCUUGCCCUCCCAGUCUGGGUCAUAUCAAGAGACCGAACAGGAACAGCAACACUCACCUCACUCACCCGAAGACCACCCUUCCCCCACUCACAGCAAGAACACCGACAGCAGCCGCCGCCACAGCCGCCGCCGUCUCCACCUCUCAGCCAUGAACCUCCCGGGCCUCCGCCACCUUCGUAGUCGACAAAGCAAAUCUUCCCUUUCCAGUCCAGACUCCGACAGUCUCAAAACUCCCACCACAGCCAACAGCAUCAGCAGCACCCGGGCAAACAUCAGCAGUCCUGUCCCCAUUCUCAGUGCUGGCUUCAGCAAUCCCGAUGACAGCAUCCCCAGUAGCAUUCCUUACUCAGCCACCCUCCCGGCUCGCUCUUCUUUGGCGAGUAUCAGUGAAUCUGGUACUAGACCCAGAUACUCCAGGUCCCAGCAUUCGCAGGAAGGUCACCAGAAAACGCCGACAGAAGAAGAGGAGCAGGCAGCAGAUACUGAAACGGAACAAACGACAACAGGGAUGAAGAAGAAGGGAGAGACCAGUGGGACUGACGUGGUGUAUCACUCGAAACAAUUCGUUACAAAGGUGCCGAAGCUGGAGGAGGCGCCGAAGGGAGGUGGUGGCUUCAGAGGGCAUUUUAGGAGGAGGAAUAAGAGCAAAGACGAGACUAAGAUGCAAAAGGAGAUGGAAAGCCUGAAUGACGAAGUGCAAGAGUUUUUGAACUCGCACAAGAACAACAGUCUGGAGAAGGAAGGAGCAGGCAGUAACGACCAUCAUCACAGGGAUGGAUUCAAGGAAGGGGCAACCAAAAACGGCAUUACCGCAAGCACCAGCGCUUCCAGCAUCCCACUUUCCAGUCACCGCUUCGACCGCCCCCAGUCCGGAGCACGAGGUAAUCACCACCUGACCUCUCUCGACGACAGCCAACUUCCUCAUCAGAGCCCUUUGCGCACCUCCGACGACCAUGACAACACUCCCACCCAGAGCCAGACCCUCAACUCUAUGAACUACUCACUCACCCUCCCAAUAACCCGCCGCCCACCCCGCCCACGCGAAGACCAUCAUCACCUCUCCAAAAUUCAAAAGUUGUUGAACUCGGAGGAUAGCUUCAAUACCAGCCUGCGUUCGUUUCGUCCCAUUAAUUCCGGUUCAAACUCGCAUACGCACUCACAAUCUAUGCACUCUAUCCCAGAGUCCAACUCGACGGGGAGUAUGUACAGCCAAGACGAACAAGAUGAAGAAGGGAAGAAGAGGGAGGAUGCAUCGAUGUUGAUUGGAGAGGUGUUGGAGACUGUGAAGAGUUUGGGGGAGGAAGUUGUGAAGGGGAGGAAGUUGUGA